AUGCCCUUGGAGAUUGCAAAGGGGUUCAGUUGUAACGGAGUGUCUUCUAUAGAUGAGAUAACAAUGAACCUCGGCCACGAGUCAACAAUGUCAGAAGAUCCUUCAUCCGACGAUGUAGAUUCUACAAAUCUACGUUUAUGCUUCGAUGAACCAGAAGGAAGAGGAAAAGCCAUGGUCCACACGGCAGAGAGAAUCGUGGAGCAGACAUCUGGACUACAUGCUGGCAAUGGUGGGCUACAGUAUUUCAUUAGGAAACCUGUUAAGGUUCCCCUAUAUCUGCAACAGGAACGGUGGAGGAGCUUUCCUGAUCCCAUUCAUCUCGUUACUGCUCAUUACCGGGUUUCCAACGUUCUUCUUAGAAUCAAUGAUAUCUCAAUUCUCUGGAAAGGGUGCCAAACAAGUUUGGAGCUUCUGCCCUUUACUCAAAGAUUCCGUGACAUUCCCGACGCUGCUUCACCUAACCUCCGGUAUUCCUGGAAUCCGUGUGAGCCAUUCAGUGAAGGUAGCGUGUGUCAGGGAGUGGAGCUAUGUCAACUCUCCCCGACAACAGGCGACGACUAUGUGUUAGGUAGGGGAGGCAACUCCAGAUUCGUGGUUGAGAGUCUACAAAGAAUAUUCUUUGUCUACAGCAUACUAUCCGACCAAGGUCAAACAAGGGAGACGUAUAUUGAACUGGUGUGUAACGCUUCAGUCGAUGCUCAACUUGUAUUCCAGGAAGAAAAUCCACCACUGACAUAUCACAUGGUACUGACAAGCAAGUACGCAUGUCCCCACACUGUGCCUUCCAACAGCACAGUUUCACCUACAACCUCGACCGCCAGUACUACAGCGUCAUCUACAACCACGACUCCCAUUAGUACAGCGUCAUCUACAACGACGACUCCCAGUAGUACAGCGUCAUCUACAACCACGACUCUCAGUAGUACAGUGCCACCUGCAACUAGGACCACCGUGACACCCCCGUUCCCGACACCAACAUCGCCUCCAAGGCCAAACAUCUUCAAUCUAGAGACAAUCACAAUUCUCCUAGGAUGCAUAUUCCUAUCUCUCCUCUUCCUUAUUUUCUUGGUGUUUAUUGGCCUCAUCACUCGUCGCUAGAGGACUUCAAACAGCACGAAACAGUGGUCACCACCCGUCCCUUUCCGUAACCUGCAGGUGACCGUGACCAUUAAGGUGUCCUAGAACUGACACAAGUUGUCACGAAGACAAUACAAGACUCACUCAAUUAACCAGCAAAGCAAUAAAUUACGCUACGA